AUGCAGUGGCUCCCGGUGGUCCUGGCGUGGCUGCAGCUGGCCGAGGGGGCGGUGAGGAUCAGUCUGAAGAAAGGCCUGUCCAUCCGGGAGAAGAUGAGGACAGCUGGGGUGCUGGAUGAUUUCCUGAAGCACAUUAAAUACGAUCCAGUGAAGGGAUACCAGCCCAGGCAGGGCUCUGUGGUGAGGCAGCCCAUCACCAACCACCUGGAUUCCUCCUACUUUGGAGAGAUCAGCAUUGGGGAACCCCCCCAAAAAUUUUUGGUGCUCUUCGACACCGGCUCCUCCAACCUGUGGGUGCCCUCCACAGACUGCAAGAGUCCUGCUUGCUUCAACCACGCCAAGUUCCAGCCCUGUGACUCGGCCACCUUCACCCCCACUAACCAGUCCCACAACGUGUCCUACGGCAGCGGCUCCGUCACCAUCGCGCUGGGCUACGACACACUCAGGAUCCAGAGCAUCAUUGUCACAAACCAGGAGUUUGGGCUCAGCCAGGACGAGCCCACCCAGCCUUUCUACUUUGCUGAAUUCGAUGGGAUCCUGGGCAUGGCCUACCCCUCCCUGGCAGUGGGAGGGAUGGCCACAGCUCUGGAGGGGAUGCUGGAUCAGGACCAGCUGGCUGAGCCCAUUUUCAGCUUUUACUUCUCACGCCAGCCCACCUAUGAGUACGGGGGAGAGCUCAUCCUCGGGGGCAUGGACCCUCAGCUCUUCCAGGGGGACAUCACCUGGGCACCGGUGACAGAGAAGCUUUACUGGCAGGUGGCACUUGAGGAGUUUGCUGUGGAGCAGUCAGCGAGCAGCUGGUGCAGCCAGGGCUGCCAGGCCAUCGUGGACACGGGGACAUUCCUGCUGACCGUGCCCCAGGAGUACCUAGAGAGCAUCCUGGAGGCCCUGGGAGCCCAGGAGACCAGCUUUGGGUACGCCGUGGACUGCGAUGACAUCCAGAGCAUGCCCUCCAUCACCUUCGUCAUCGGCGGCGCGCGGCUCCCGCUCUGCCCCUCGGCCUACGUGCUGAACAGCAAUGGUUACUGCACCCUGGCCAUCGAGGUCACCUACCUGCCCUCGCAGGACGGGCAGCCCCUCUGGAUCCUGGGAGAUGUUUUCCUGAAGGAAUAUUACACCAUCUUCGACAUGGCCAACAACCGGGUGGGCUUCGCCCCGUCGGUCUAGAGGAAGGAAUUCCAGCCCCUCUCCCAGCCCAGGCAGUGCCACAGCAUUCCCAUCUCUGCUCCUUUCGUCCCCAUCCCUCGGGAUUUCUGUGUCACUGUGUCCUGGAACAAAUAAACCCUCACAUCCCAAAUGGUGUCUGAGCUCCUGGGUUUGGCAGGAGCAGCCUGAGGGGUUCUGUGCCUCACAAUCC